CUAAAAUAUAUAAAUACUGUGUCAUUAAACUCAUGAGCAAGCAAAAUCAACGCUCCACCUGCUGCUGUCGUCUUCAACCCAGUACCAGAUGAAUCGAAAAGAUCGUAGCCGUUCGUUUCAUAGAUUUUCCUGGCAGAACCAUGGCAAUAGCAACUGCAAAUCAAAGGCCAAGACAAAUUCUCUUCUUUUCUUUCUAUGUUUCGUUGUCUCGAUGUCAACGGCGCAAAGCCAAGUUACGUCAGCUCCGCCGCCUCCACCGAUCAAUCCCUAUGGGCCGGUUGGACACAGAUUCAACCCGUCGAUGGCGAUUAUCAUGGUGGUUUUGGUGACGGUGUUUUUCUUCAUGGGAUUCUUUUCGGUUUACAUCAGGCAGUGCGCCGAGAGGAGAAGUCAAGGCGGGAACUGGGACUGGGACGGCGCCGUGAAUUUCGGGCGGCGGUCGAGGAGAUCGAUACGUGGACUCGAUCCCUCGGUGAUCGAGUCUUUCCCGACGUUCCUUUACUCAACUGUCAAAGGAUUCAAAAUCGGGAAAGACACGCUUGAGUGCGCCGUUUGCUUAAACGAGUUCGAGGACGACGAAACGCUGCGUAUGAUUCCGACAUGUAGCCACGUGUUCCAUCCUGGUUGCAUUGACGCUUGGCUCUCUUCUCAUUCCACGUGCCCCGUUUGCCGCUCAAAUUUGGUUUCCAACCCAGACGAGACGGUGAUCACCUGCGCCGCCGUGGUCCAAGUAAACGAUUCGGACUCCGAACACGAAACCCGACCCGAAAACACUAACCCAAUCGAUCAACCCAGUCACGUAGACGUUGUUAAUCAGAUAACGGACACAGAAUCGCCGGAUGUUAAUCAGGUUGCAAAGCAGCAAAGGUCACGGUCGACGGGGUGGAGGUUAACCUUGUUGUUUCCACGGUCUCACUCGACGGGUCACUCGUUGGUUCAAACGACGGAGAACCGCGAGAGGUUUACACUACGGUUGCCGGAGGAUGUACGGAGCCAGCUGAUGAACUCUAGUUUGAGCCGUAUUAAAAGUUGCGAGUCGCUCCCCCGAGCGAGGAGUUUGAAGCGGGGUUAUAGGAGUAGGAGUUUAGGCAGGAAUUAUUAUAAUUACGAGAGGUUCGAUCAGCGGGGGUUCACUACGACUCCUCCGUUUUUUUCAAGGUUCGGGUCGAUCCGGUCACCAAAACCGGUGGUUGGUGGAUGCGAUGAGGGGUCGGCUACUCCGUCCAGGAGUUUGACAAAAUCUAUUAAAUCGUCAUUUGAUCGUUUGCUCAUAGGAGGGUCAGGGGAGGAGAACGUAGGCGACCGAUCGUUGGACCGGCUACGGUCUGAAAGUCAAGUUUAGACGUUGGGUGGUUCACCGGGUUUUUGUUCUUUCGGAUUUGAG